CCGGAAGAUGCUGAGCUUAGUGAAUGGCAAGCUGCUCACAGCGUCCAGUGUCACGAUGCAGUCGCAAUGACGAACCCUCGGCACUGGAGCCUCGCUAAAAAGCGAUUGGUGUUUGCUGCAUUGAUCUCCAGUUCGCUGCUUGCUGAUGGAGGAAUGACAUGGGGUGCAACGCUGGUCGUCACCCAGGCUAUGCAGUGGAACAUCAGCGUGGAUCAUUCCUCAACCAGUUUGAACUAUGGCAUUCUGCUUCAAGGAUUUGGCGGUAUUUUUGCUGUACCGCUCAUUGAAGCUUACGGGAGGCUUCCGGUGUGGUUUUGGAGUCAGGUAAUUACCAUGUUCAUGGUUCUUGGAGCAACGCUAUCUACAUCAUGGAGCGUUUUCACUACUUUUCGAUCGCUUCAAGGCUUGUUUGGCACUGUUCCCCAAGUCGUCGGGCUCCCCAUAAUCUACGAUAUGUACGAACCAGAAGACUGGCCUCGUAUGAUCAACAUCUGGGGAACCACCUUUCUUGUCGGACCAUUCAUCGGACCUGCACUCGCAGGCUACAUCCUCGAUGGCAGCCACAACAAAUGGGACAUCUCCUUUGCAGCCCUGACAGCACUCUACGGCUUUUCCACUCUCCUUAUAAUCCUCUUCGGAUACGAGACCUACCACGCAAAACGACUUGCCUUCCCCCAUUCAUUCCGGUCUCGGGUCUACUCGCUUUUCGGCAUCGGCAAUACCAAGCUCCCCAAAUGCGCCACACUAGCUACUGAGUCUAAAACACUACUCAGGCUCAUUUUCAGACCCCCUCUCCUUCUCCCUGGCAUUGCCACAAUGAUCAAUUUCUGCUGGCCGAUCGGAAUCACCACGACAGUCGACACAUUUCUCCAUUCCCCGCCCUACCUCUUCAACACCGUGCAAGCCUCCUCCAUGCGUUUUGCUGGUGUCAUUGGGGCGCUAAGCGGAUAUGUCUUUGGCUACUUCUUCAACGACUGGAUCUACAACCACCACCUCCGCCAUCACCACCCCGACACCGCUCACCAGAAAGACCCGGAAAACGCCCGAUCCGAAAACGACAGCGAGCACAGCGGUUCCAUCAGAUUGUCCUCCUCCUGGCGUGCCGAGUACCGACUGCACGGCGUCUGGUUCCCCAUCGCCUGUCUGGCCCUAGGCCUCGUCGUAUACGGUCUAACGCUUAACUUCGCCAAGCACUGGAUCGGGCUUGCGUUUGGCUGGAUAAUGGUAAAUCUAGGCAUGAUUGCGACGACAGUGGCAAUAACGGCCUACGCCCUGGAAAAAUUCCCCUCGCAUUCGACCUCCGUCAGCGCGAUUAUUAAUAUGUGGCGCACCUGUGGCGGCUUUUCGGUUGCUUAUUUUCAGGACGAGUGGAUUAAGAGGAAUGGCGUGGGUGUGGUGUUUGGUAUACAGGCGGCGGUGGUUGUGGCGGGGCUGUUUGUGACUAUUGUCCCGAUAAUGGUAUUGGCGAGGAGGAAGUAGAAGAUACUGCGCUGUAAGGGUGGCCAAGUGGGUGUUUUGAUGUGGAAGACGAGGAUGGUGGUGUAUAUAGUUUGUCGUUUGAGGGGGCUGACUUCAUCUUGUAAUUUAUUCAGGGCUGUGAUGGGC